AUGGUGGUUAAGAAGGAAUUUGAGCGUGAUACGUUUCCGAAGAAUUCACUUGUCAGUAUGUACGUAUCUUUUGGGGCGAUGGAAGAUGCGAGGACACUGUUUGAUGGAAUGAAUGAACCGGGAGACGUGGUUUUAUGGACUACCAUGGUUGGUGGAUACAUGAAAUUCGGGAUGGUGUAUCUCGCUCUUAAGUUGUUUGAUGAAAUGCCUGACUCGAAUGAUGUUGCUUGGGGUGUUGUCAUAGCGGGUUGUGUUAAAAAUAGGAGAUAUAAGGAUGCUUUAAGUAUUUUCUAUGAUAUGUUGCAAUGUACAAAUGUCAAGCCAAAUGAAGCAUCCCUGGUUUGCGCCCUUUCUGCUUGUGCUCACUUAGGAGCACUAGACCAAGGUUUAGUCGACCAAGGGCGCCACUUUUUUCAUGGCAUGCAACAAUUUUGGGGCAUUGUGCCUACUGUUGAACAUUACGGUUGCAUUGUUGAUCUUCUUGGACGUGCUGGCUUCAUAGACCAGGCAAUGAAGAUUGCUAAGUGUAUGCCUAUAGAGCCUGACAUUGUUAUAUGGAGGGCCUUACUUACUGCUUGUAGGAUUCAUGAAAAUUUAGCACUAGCCGAAGAAAUAAUGCACCAUGUAGAAAGAUGUGAUCCCCUUGAUCAUGAAGGCAGCAAGAUUCUCUUGUCAAGCAUGUAUGCAUCAAGCAACUGCUGGGAUGGGGUUGCCAGAGUCAGGGGCACCAUGUGCAAACAAAGGAUUCAGUUGGUUCUUGGAUGGAGUUCUACAGAAGUGAAAGGUGUCAUUCAUGAAUUUGUUGCUGGUGAUAGAACCCAUCCUCGAGCUGCUGAUAUUUAUCAGAAGCUGGACGAAAUAUUUAACAGGCUUCAAACAGUGGGUUAUUGUCCCAGUACAUUGCAAAUUUCGUUGGAGUUGAGUGAGGAAGAUAAAAGAGCGAGCAAUGUAAUUGGCAGAGUGAGAAACUAG